AUGCCAAAAGAACGAAGGGAAUCAAAGAAAACAACAAAGCCAUACGAGCGAACAAAAAAGUCGAGUGAGGGGUCAUUACAAAAACGGUCGAAAUUUAAUCCAAAGACGCUCAAAUUGAAAAACGAAGCAUUGACAGACAAGCUUGAUGAUCUCAUGACGGAUCUCUCUGCACACUUGAAUCCGAUCAAGAAGAAAAAGCAAGAAGCGAACCAAGGCAACGUGAAAUCACUGGAGCAAGUACAAGCUGCACAACGAGAAUUCGAAAAAGUCAACAAUGACAUGGAGGAUGCCAUGGGACUACUGACAAAGCUGUAA